GUGGUGCAGCGCGCCGGAUCUUCUCCUUGUGCUGUCCCGGGACCCGGUGCCGUCAUGCCGAUGAAAGGCCGGUUCCCGAUCCGCAGGACCCUGCAGUAUUUACAGAGCGGGGACAUCGUCUUCAAGAACAACGUGAAGAUCAUGACGGUGAAUUAUAACACGCGGGGGGAGCUGGGAGAGGGGGCCAGGAAGUUUGUGUUUUUUAAUAUUCCUCAGAUCCAGUACAAGAAUCCAUGGCUACAGAUUGUGAUGUUCAAGAACAUGACGCCGUCCCCCUUCCUGAAGUUUUAUUUAGAUAGCGGAGAACAGGUUCUUGUUGACAUUGAAGAGAAAAGCAACACGGAUAUUAUAAAGCACGUGAAGAAGAUCCUCGGGAAGAGCGAAGAGACGCUCCAAGCCGAGGAACAGGCAAAAAUGUUCAAGUCCAACCCAGCGAACUUUGGCCCGAGAAAGUACCAUCUUCGGGAGUGCAUGUGCGAGGUGGAAGGACAGGUGCCGUGCCCUGCUUUCGUCCCGUUGCCAAAGGAGAUGACCGGCAAAUACAAGGCAAAGCUGAGAGAUAAUGCCGAGGCGUGAGAGCCGAGACCAGCCGAGGACUCCCUAUGAACUGCAUCGCCCGGAUUUAUUUCCCUGUAACGCAUGCGGAACGUUCCGGCGGCCCCAGGAUGUACUGUUCAUUUUCCAGGGUUUUUUCCCGCUUUGUACACUGUAUUUAAAUUAAACCAUUUUUUUUGGAGAA